AUGAUCGAUUUGCUGAAUUGUUUUGGAAAAGUCAAACGUGGUCCACGCACUCUAAGAACACACCUAACCCUGCUGAAAGUAGCAGCAGUAGUAGUAAGUAGUAUCGAGUACUGGCAUACCGCAUACACGCAGUGUUAUUUAGAGUUCUUUGCAUACUUAGUGAAAAUAUUGUACAUGCAUCCUGUGCAACUGAUCAAAUAA